CUAAAACUAUGGGGUCUCCAAGUUCGCUAUUCUUGGUGAUUCUUGCGUUUUCCUUCUUUCUAGUUUCAUCAACUACUUCAUUUUCAAGUCAAGAAAGAUUCACUCGUUGUCUUCAAGCAAAAUCUCGUAAUCAAAUCCCAUUUCCGACAUCAUUUUACACUCCAAACAAUGCUUCUUUCACUUCAGUCCUUGAAUCCACAGCCCAAAAUCUAAGGUACUUGCUGCCUUCAAUGCCAAAACCUGAAUUCAUAUUCACUCCCUUGGAGGAUUCUCAUGUUCAAGUAGCUGUCAUAUGUGCAAAAAUCCUCAAGAUCCACAUGAGAGUGCGCAGUGGAGGUCAUGACUAUGAAGGGCUUUCAUAUGUUUCUCUUAUAGAAAAGCCAUUCAUGGUCUUAGAUCUCUCCAAACUUCGUGCCAUCCAUGUUGAUAUAGCACGAAACACGGCUUGGAUUCAAGCUGGUGCAACCAUUGGAGAAGUUUACUACAGAAUUUCAGAGAAAAGUCAAGUCCAUGGCUUCCCCGCUGGCCUCUGCACGAGCUUAGGCAUUGGUGGUCACAUUACAGGUGGUGCAUAUGGCUCUAUGAUGAGAAAGUUUGGCCUUGGAGCCGACAACGUGAUUGACGCGCGAAUUGUGGAUGCUAAUGGCAAGAUCCUUGACAGAUCAACCAUGGGAGAGGACUUAUUUUGGGCCAUUAGAGGUGGAGGAGGUGGGAGCUUUGGGAUUAUCUUGUGGUGGCAAAUCAAACUUGUAAAAGUUCCACCCACUGUAACGGUCUUUACGGUUACCAAAACUUUAGAACAAAAUGCAAACCAAAUUCUACAUAAAUGGCAGCAAGUGGCACCAAACAUUGAUCACAAUCUGUUCUUGAGAGUACUGAUUCAGGUAACAAAUUCUAGUGUUGCGGGUAAAAGAACUGUUUCAACUUCAUAUAAUUCUCUUUUUCUAGGUAGGGCCAAUAAGCUUCUCCAAGUGAUGAAGAAAAAUUUUCCAGAAUUAGGUCUCAGCAAAACGGAUUGUUUGGAAAUGAGUUGGAUCAAAUCUGUGCUUUAUAUUGCUGGCUAUCCAAACAACACACCCCCAAAAAUUCUUCUCCAGGGGAAAUCCACUUCCAAGGCAUACUUCAAGGCCAAGUCAGAUUUUGCGAGGCAAGUCAUUCCUGAAGCUGCUUUGAAUUCUCUAUGGAAAGUUUUUCUGGAAGAAGAUGGGCCUUUGAUGAUUUGGAAUCCAUAUGGAGGAAUGAUGAGCAAAAUCCCAGAAUCUGCAACUCCAUUUCCGCAUAGAAAUGGAACACUCUUCAAGAUACAAUAUGUAACAGGGUGGCUAGACGGAGAGAAGAGCAUGGAAAAGCACAUGAAUUGGAUUGAUAGAUUCUAUUACUCCAUGAAGCAUCAUGUCUCAAGCUUUCCAAGAGAAGCUUAUGUGAAUUACAGAGACCUUGAUUUGGGGACGAACCAGUUUUAUAAAACAAGCUUCCUGAGAUCAAGCCUCUGGGGAUACAAGUACUUCAAGGAUAACUAUAUAAGGUUGGCGAACGUGAAGUCUAAGGUUGAUCCAAAUAAUUUCUUUAGGCAUGAACAAAGCAUCCCUCCGUUCCCAAUUUAAAAGAAGACAAGAUCAAACCGCUGAAAUUUUAUGUAACAACUUAUACAUAUGUUAUGUGUUUGUUGUAUCAUAAUUGCAUCGAUGUUUGUGAGUCACAUGAUUUAUGCACGAAUCACUCGAGUUCUAAUUAAA